AUGGCUACCCCAGAGGCCCCCAAGCCCCAGGCCCCAAUGGAGGCCCGCCCCACCUCAUCAAGCAGCGCGGACGCAUCCCACGGCAUAACGGGCCCGAUCACCAAAGCACCUAAGCAGGAACCUGAGCUUCGUGGGGGCGGCAUGACCAUUGGCUUCAACUGCUGCCGUGGACAUUGCAACUGCCAUGAGACGUGCUGCUGA